CAGGAGAUUGUUCGCUUUGACCAUAAUUAUAUGAUUUUGGCAAAAAGAUCUCAUAAUGAUUGACAUUAAUACAGGAUGUUGACGACAGGGAAAAGAGCAUCACCAAAGCUGGAAACUGUAAAGGAAUCUCGGACAGCUGGUGGUGGAUCCGUAUUUUACCCAAUCCAGACAAGCUCAAGUAAAGAUAGUUCAACCGAAAGCGAGGUAUUAAAACCAAGGUCACUGUGGAUUGGCCCACGAAUUGAAAUUACGGGAUCCUGCGAGUCAUUAGAUAAAGAAGUUGAAGCCUUAAAUACACAUUGUCUUCGUGAAAGCGUCUUGGCUCGGAUCAUUAUCAAGGACGGCUCGGAUCAUUAUCAAGGACUAUCCGUGGCUUUUGGAUUCAGCUUUUCCCACUGAAUGUGGGUGAUUAUUAAUUAGUCGCAUAUUUUUUUCCAAGAACAAUUUUCUCCUUUUCUGCUCGCCUACUGGAUUAUACGCCAUGAUACCUGUAAGGUUCCAGCGAACGGUACGCCCUCGACGGGUUACGUUGGCCAAUGUUGAUUUUUGGUGAGUUAAUGCAUUUUUUUAAAAGUUCUUUAUCUCAGCUAAGCAUUUUCAUGUGUUUUUAGUAAUUUAUGGUGUAUCUAACACUUAUUUUACAAAUAUUUAAUUCCACAACACACAUAGAAAUAAAAUUGUGUUGU